UGGUUGCCACUGUCAGAGAAGAAGGGAAUUUUAUGAAAGUUCAGUUGAGUGUGAUUUCUCUUCAAUUUGAAGAAAAACGAUAGCUAAGUUUUUAGAAGCUAAGGGACAUGGAAUGGAAGAAGUGUUAUUUGGAUGUGAUAUUGGUGCCCUUAGGUUUUCUUAUGAGCAUUGGUUACCAUUUCUGGCUAUGGCACACUGUUCGAACUCACCCACACACAACUAUCAUUGGCAUCAAUGCCAGUGGCAGACGCAACUGGGUUGCUACAAUAAUGAAGGACAACGACAAGAAAAACAUCCUAGCUGUUCAAUCACUGAGGAACACAAUCAUGGGUGCGACCCUAAUGGCCACAACCUCUAUUCUGCUAUGCUCGGGCUUAGCAGCAAUCAUAAGCAGCAGCUACAGUGUGAAAAAGCCACUUGAGGACACAGUUUAUGGGGGUCAUGGAGAGUUCAUGGUGUCACUAAAAUAUGUGACUCUGCUCUCCAUUUUCCUCUUCUCAUUCUUCUGCCACUCCUUGUCCAUAAGGUUCAUAAACCAAGUCAACAUCCUCAUCAACACCCCACAGGACCCCAUGUCGUUGGUCAGUCCUGAAUAUGUGAAUCAGAUAUUGGAGAAAGGUUUUCUUCUCAACACUGUUGGAAACAGACUCUUCUACGCUGCACUUCCUCUUCUGCUCUGGAUAUUUGGUCCUGUCUUGGUCUUCUUGUGCUCUCUUGCAAUGGUUCCCGUGCUUUACAAUCUUGACUUUGUGGUUAGUGCCAAGGAAAAGAUGCACGUAAAUCAAAAUACAGAUUUUGUUUGACCUAAUCAAAUGUAAAAAUUAUCACUGAGUUCAGUAAGAGUUGAAGAUGGUAUCAGAAAGGAUUUGACUGUGUUCAAUAACGAUGGCUUCAGAAUGCAAAUCAUGUAUAAUUAACUUCUGUGCCUGGUUUUCAUUUA